AUGCCAAAUAGGAUACUACUGAAAAAAGACAAGGACAUUUCCAAGUCUAAAAAUAUUGAGGUAAAAAAUGGAUCAGGAGUAGAAAUGUCCGGAGAUGAUGUACAAGAUGGCACUUCUAUUGGGCAUUCAACUACUGCUCCUAGUCCACCACCAACACAAAUAAACAAACUUAAGUUAGGACCAAUCACAAUUAAAAGAGAAAAAAGACAAAACUCUUCACGUUUCAAUGUUGUAGCUACCAAUCGCGAACUUCAGGUUCUACAAUCACUUAAUGGUAUGUAUAUGUUCUAA